CGCCCCCUCCCCGCCGCGCCCCGCAGCCCGUUAAAGGGGCCGAGCCCUCGGCGCCCGCCUAGCGCGAGCCGAAGCGGAGGGUACGGGACCUGGCCGCGGGCUGGCGGGUGGGGAGGCGAGGGCGUGCGUCCGAGCAACGCGCGGGGCGGCCCCUCCGCACCAUGUACACCAUCACUAAGGGGCCAAGCAAGCUGGUCGCACAGCGCCGCACAGGGCCCACGCAGCAGCAAGUAGAGAGCAGGCUUGGCGAGCUCCUGAAAUGCCGACAGCCGGCGCCGCCCACUCCGUCGCCCCCGCGGGCGCAGCCACCAGGACCCUGGCCCCUGUCGAGUGCCCCUCUUGGCCGAGGAGGAAGUCCAAGCGGCGGUGGGGAACCUGAGCCCAGGAUUGCAAGCAGUCCGGGGCCAAGGCUCGUGUUCAACCGGGUGAAUGGCCGGCGGCCCCCCACCACAUCCCCAUCCAUCGAGGGGACCCAGGAGACUUAUACACUGGCCCACGAGGAGAAUGUCCGCUUUGUGUCCGAAGCUUGGCAGCAAGUGGAGCAGCAGUUGGGUGGUGGCCCAGCCGGUGAGAGUGGUCCAAGGCCUGUGCAGUAUGUGGAGAGGACUCCCAACCCACGGCUGCAGAAUUUUGUGCCCAUUGACCUGGACGAGUGGUGGGCGCAACAGUUCCUGGCAAGAAUCACUAACUGUUCCUAGCCGCUGCCUCAGAAGGAAUGCUGCCUGCACAGGACCUGGCCAUGCAGACCCUCUGCUAGGAGAGGACCAUGGCGCCCUGUCCACCCAUUGUGGCAGGCCAUGCUUCACCCUGGGCCAAGCCGGACGCCGGCCACACCUGAAGUGCCAGCAUUUGGACUUUUGCACCUGUUGACACCUUGGCUCAGCUGUUCCAGGAUGCCAGGGGCCGGGGGCUGAAACUGUCUGACCUCAUUCCUGCUCACUGUGCCCAGGGAACAGCCCCUGGGGCUGACAGGGCGGAGCUCCAGGCUAAUAAAGUUGAAAAAUUGCCUUU